GCGGCGCGCCGCAGUUUGAAAGGCCCGAGCCUCGCGCGCUUGCGCACUGAGUUCCGCGCUGGGCGCGCUCGCCCCUCUACCUUCUCCCGGGGCCCCCCUGCUGGAAGGAACCCUUCUUCGUUCUGUGGUCCGUAGCACGUCCACGGCUGUGGACAUGCCGGAGAUCAGCCUCCGCCACGUCGUGUCCUGCAGCAGCCAGGACUCGACCCAUUGUGCAGAAAACCUUCUCAAGGCCGACACUUACCGGAAGUGGCGCGCAGCCAAGGCAGGCGAGAAGACCAUCUCUGUGGUCCUACAGUUGGAGAAGGAGGAGCAGAUACACAGCAUAGACAUUGGGAACGAUGGCUCAGCCUUUGUAGAGGUGCUGGUGGGCAGCUCGGCUGGAGGGGCCACAGCUGGUGAACAGGACUAUGAGGUCCUUCUGGUCACCUCCUCUUUCAUGUCCCCUUCUGAGAGUCGAAGUGGUUCGAAUCCCAACCGCGUUCGUUUCUUUGGACCUGACAAGCUAGUCCGGGCCGCAGCAGAGAAGUGCUGGGACCGUGUUAAAAUUGUGUGCAGCCAGCCAUACAGCAAGGACUCACCCUAUGGCCUGAGUUUUGUGAGGUUUCACAGCCCUCCAGACAAAGAGGAGGUGGAGGCUCCAUCCCAGAAGGUGACAGUGACCAAGCUCGGCCAGUUCCGUGUGAAAGAGGAGGAUGACAGUGCCAGUUCCCUGAAACCAGGAGCUCUCUUCUUCAGUCGCAUCAACAAGACGUCUUCAGCCUCUGCUAGCGACCCAGCGGGACCCAGCUAUGCAGCAGCUACACUGCAGGCCUCAAACGCAGGCUCCUCGGCCUCUCCGGUCUCCAAGGCUUUGGGUAGCUCUUCCAAGGAGUCUCCCAAAGGGAAGAGGAAACUGGACUUGAACCUAGAAGACAGGAAGCCUCCCAGCAAACCUUCAGCAGGGCCACCUGCCCUCAAGAGACCCAAAUUGCCUAUUCCUAGUCGCUCCCCAGCUGGAGCCCCAGCCUCUGCCCCAGCACAGAAGGCGGUCCCAGGGAAGCCCCAGGGAGAAAGCUCUGAGCCCAGGGUAGCCCGAGCUGGCCCCCAGGAGCUGGGGAAGAUUCUGCAGGGUGUGGUGGUGGUGCUCAGUGGUUUCCAGAACCCCUUCCGCUCAGAGCUGCGGGACAAAGCCCUGGAGCUGGGGGCCAAGUAUCGUCCAGACUGGACUCCGGACAGCACACAUCUCAUCUGUGCCUUUGCCAACACUCCCAAGUACAGCCAGGUCCUGGGCCUCGGAGGCCGUAUUGUGCGGAAAGAGUGGGUGCUGGACUGCUACCGGAUGCGGCGCCGGCUGCCCUCCCGGAGGUACCUCAUGGCAGGUCUUGGCUCCAGCAGUGAGGACGAGGGGGACUCUCCCAGUGAGAGCCGUGAAGAUGAAACUCCUAAGCUUCCCCAUAAGCGGCCCCAGGCCAAAGCCAAGACCCAGGCAGCAGGACCUAGCUCACCAAAAAGACCACCAACUCCAAAAGAGACAAAAGCACCCUCACCAGGACCCCAGGACAAUAGUGACACUGAGGGGGAACAGUCAGAAGGACAGGACAAUGGGGCGGAAGAUUCCGGGGACACAGAGGAUGAGCUGAGGAGGGUGGCCAAGCAGAGGGAGCAGAAGCAGCCCCCAGCUCCAGGGGAGAAUGGCGAGGACCCGUAUGCUGGCUCCACAGACGAGAAUACAGACACCGAGGCUGACCUGCCAAUUCCAGAGCUGCCAGACUUCUUCCAAGGCAAGCACUUCUUCCUUUAUGGGGAGUUCCCUGGGGACGAGAGGAGGAAGCUCAUCCGAUAUGUGACCGCUUUCAAUGGUGAGCUUGAGGACUACAUGAGCGAGCGUGUCCAGUUCGUUAUCACAGCCCAGGAGUGGGACCCCGUCUUUGAGGAGUUGUUCCUUUCUCAGGAGGCUCCAGCUCAGGUUCUGUCUGGGUUCAGCUUGCGCUCUUUCUCUCCGAUAACCCUGUCCUAGGGUCUGGAAGAGCACUUGGGAGGCAGAGGCAGGAGGAUCUCUGAGUUCGAGGCCAGCCUGGUCUACAAAGCAAGUUCCAGGACAUCCAGGGCCACACAGAGAAAGACUCUUCUGGUGAUGGGAUCCUCACCUGAGCUAUUAUUUUGGUAACAGUAUUGGGGACUGAGUCUAGGCCUUCAGCACCUGCAGCCACUCCACCACUGGACUGUGUCCCCAGCUGUUCACAGGUCUAUAAAUAGGCCACUGAUCCAGAAUCUUCAAUCCUACCCCAUUCUCCCUUUCCAUGUGCCCUAUCCACACAUUCCCAGGUCCAUGGAGUGACUGUGUGCCAUGUGCCCGUCUGUGAAAUGCUGGGGAGACAGUGAAGAAAGACACUAGUCCCUGGUGUCAUGGGGCCUGUGUGCUUGGUAGUGGCGAGGCCGGGGAGUAGGUGUGCAGUGUGGGCACUUAAACAGGGCAGCGUGACAGGCAAUGGGGGUGCAUUUAGAUAGGGUUGUAAGACCUGUCAAAGGAGUACCAGUCCUCUGCAGGAACUAGGCACAUGAACAAAAGCCCCCAGAGAGCCCUUAAAGAGGUGCAAAGGCUCUGGGGAGGGCAGGCAGGAAGUAGGGCAUUGGGCUGCUUAGAGACCCACUUCUGCCCAUUCUGCCACUGUCCUCUCAGCCUCAGUUUUUCUAUCUGUACAAGGUAAAGUUGGCCCAGACCAGCACCUUUGGUUUCUUUGUUUUUGAGCCAGUCUCAUAGCCAAAGGCUGGCCUCACACUCCAUAAGUAGCUGAGGGUGACCUUGAAUUGGCCCUCCUUUCCACCUCACAAAUGCUGGCCUUAUAAAACAGGCAUCACUGUGCCUCACUUCUGUGUGAGCACUGCUGCCAUUUGAGCUUUGGAAGGGAGGAAGGAUCCUGAUCCCUCCUCCAAGGCUUCCUCUGCCUCUUGUGGCACAGCAGCCUGCUCACUUCCUCUGUCCACUUCCGGAACAUUCAGAUCUUAGUUCCUCACCUCCUCGAUCUCAGGGAGCACGGGGCAAGUCUCCUCAGGGUUUAACUCUACACCUGCUCAUGGUCAAGCUUAUCUGUCUCUUCGUUCAUGAUUUGUGCUUAUUUUUGUUUCAAAUAUGUUUUCUGCCGGGCAGUGGUGGCGC